UUUUUAAAGAAGAAUGAAAACGGUCAGUGCGCGCGUGGCGUGCGCGGUGUGACAGCCGUUGUGUUUUUGCCAUUGUGCCACUCUGUGGCAUGUUGCGCGUGACCGCUUCAUCGCUGCCACCUCGUUGACUCUCCGUCACCAUGAGCGCGCCGAACAAAGCGUCAGAAAAAAGAAUUGGCUCUAAAAAUAAGCUGGAAAAACUGUUGAAGACAAGAAAAGGCAGCUUCCCACUUCUGAUAAAGACGUCGCGCCCGGAGGCCUUCCCUCACCCUCACAGGCUGCCGGCAGAAAGCAACCGUCUUGGAACGAACCGACCAUGCUCACAGAAGUUCGGCCCUGGAGGGACCCUGCCCGCGCUUGAGCCGCCGGUGGUCCAGGUUGUGGUCAGCAAUGCCAAAAACCAACAACAGCAGUCGGACAACAUCUUGCCCCAAAUUGCCAACAAAGGGGGCCAAAACAACUACCAGGCACACCCGGACGAGAGGUCGAAGCCCACCCAGCAGUUCGGCAUGCGCAUCGGUACAGCAGUGGAUAAAGUGUCCGUCUCCCGCAACAGCAAGAUUUUCAGCAACAAGCUGGAGAAAGAGAAGGCAUACGAAGGACAAAGGUUACCCAUGUCCCCCACAGAGGCACUGAAGAACUUCAAGGACCGGAUGACGGAGUUUGAGCAGGAGGAAAUCAUGGACUACGCAGAGAUCUGGUUCCUUGGUCUGGGCUCUCAGAAGAUCGAGGGUUCCCAAGGUUCACCGCAGAACUCUGGAUAUGAUGACGAGCAUGGAAGCUACGUCAGGGUGCUGCAUGACCAUAUUGGAUACAGGUUUGAAGUGCUCGAAGUGAUUGGGAAAGGUUCCUUUGGGCAGGUCCUGAAAUGCCUGGACCAUAAGAACAAUGAACUCGUGGCCAUUAAGAUGAUACGCAAUAAGAAAAGGUUUCAUCACCAAGCCCUGGUGGAGUUGAAGAUCCUGGAUGUGAUAAAAAGGAAAGACAAAGACAACCUCCACAACGUCAUCCACAUGAAGGAGUACUUUUACUUCCGAAAUCACCUGUGCAUCUCCUUUGAGCUUCUGGGAGUGAACCUGUACGAGCUCAUCAAAAAAAACAACUUCCAGGGCUUCAGUCUCGCUCUCAUCCGUCGGUUCACCCACGCUCUUCUCAGGUGCCUGCAGAUGCUGCACAGGGAGAAGAUUAUCCACUGCGACCUCAAACCGGAGAACAUCCUUCUAUCUCAGAGGGGGCCGGGGAACAUCAAGGUGGUUGACUUUGGAUCCAGCUGUUAUGAACAACAAAGAGUGUACACCUACAUCCAGAGUCGCUUCUACCGCUCCCCAGAGGUCAUUCUGGGUCACCCGUACAGCAUGGCCAUCGACAUGUGGAGUCUGGGUUGCAUCCUCGCUGAACUCUACACAGGCUAUCCGAUCUUCCCAGGGGAGAGCGAAGUGGAGCAGAUCGCCUGCAUAAUGGAGGUUCUUGGCGCGCCGCCGAACGAUUUUGUUCAGUCAGCUGCGAGGAGGAGGCUUUUCUUUGACUCGAAAGGAAAUCCCAGGAGCAUCACAAAUAGCAAAGGGAAGAAGAGACGACCCAACUCCAAGGAGCUGUCGGCGACGUUGAAAACAAACGACGCUUUGUUCUUAGACUUCAUCAAGCGCUGCCUCACUUGGGACCCUACCAAGCGUAUGACUCCAGACGAGGGGCUGCAGCAUGAGUGGAUCCUGGAGGGAAAUUUCAACAGAGUCCGCCCAAGAACCAAGCCGCCAGCGAAGAAGGCCUCAGGCAGUUCGACCAGCAAGCCUGCAGAGAAAGGCAGCUCAGAAAGCAGCACCACCGACAAGCUGAAGAGAGACGGCACAGCAGCAGCAGCAGCAGCAGCAAAGAUGGCUCCCGCCGAACGCCUGCGGCCCAUCGGGGCCUCAGCGGAGGAGGAGGCGGGUGAGAAUGAGGGGAAGAUGUCCACGGAUGCCAAGCAGCAAGAAGGAGGUGGGGAGAGGCCCGUUCACAUCAUCAUCAAGCCGCAAGAGGGAGUGGGCACGGAGAGAAAAGACAGCCAAGAGUCGUCUCAGUGUUUGCCCCCUAUCAUAUAAAGGGAGUCGUGCUGCGCUCAUGACAUUUGGGAACUGUUGCUCAGGCUCAGUGUGCCGAGGAGCGAUCAAGUCGGUGAAGUGCGAGUAAAUGGACAGCUGAGGGGAAAAGGGGCCAUUUGUUUGGCCCUCAAAAAAACAGAAAAUGUAAAGGUCUCUAAAAUCCAUUUACUACGAACACUGCCAUUAAGCUUCUGUGUCUGCAUGACGUCGUCGUUAGAGACGUCCGAGCCAGAGGAAAGUCUCACUUUCAGAGUUUUGAGUCCCAUGUUUUUGACCUCAAUGGUAGGAAGCAAACCAGUUCCCACACGCCGUGAAUAAAAUAUAGAUGUAAACGGGGGGGCACGAUAAUCAUCAGCAAAAAAGCAUAUCCUCUAUUUAAUUGUUUUAGGAAUACAGUCAUAGCCCAUUCUUUUAUUCUGUGAAACUUUGAGUUUUUAUGACCGGGAAGUAAAUCACCCAGUUGUACUUUUUCAUAUGAAGGUGCAGUUGCAGACAUUUCGCUUAUGUGUGUCAGCAUUGAGAUACCUAGCCGUCUGCCAAAUACCAUUGCGAAUUUUGAAUAUUGAUGAUAAAAAAACUACUUAAUAGUACAGCAUCAACUUUCUCACUGUCUCCUGUAUUAUUUAUUGAACCCAAUCUUUGCUGGGCAUUGAAAUCUUUGAUAAACAGGUUACACCAUAAUACUGUAGGUUGUUCUUGGUUACUAAGUUUAAAAGCAAAGUACUACACACUGCAUGGUUAUAAAAUAAAUCAAAUGUUUUGUUUUACAUUGUAUUCUGUUUUCUUUUACACAUUUAGCAUAACUUUAAAAAUCGUAAAAUAUUUUAAGAAGUGUGUAGGAUAAAGGCUGAGCCAAAAAAUGAGUUUUUUAAUCAUGUUCACAAAGAACUAAUUGUCAUAUCCUUUUUAAUUGCAGAAUUUUGUUGUUGACAUAUUGAUUAUUAAUGAUUUCACAUAUUUGUGUUGGAGUAUGUUUGAGCCUGUUUCAUAUGUGUUUAACAAUUUAAUCCAAAUAUUUACAAAUAUGUAAUUGUAAUAUAAUUUACUAUAAAUGUAUAUAUUUCUGCUGUAAUUUACGGUGUAAUACAGAACACAUAUUAAAAGAAUAUUUCCAAUAUUUGUUGAGGGUUUGGACAAGGUUUUACUUGUUGUGUUGUAUUAAAAUAUUUUUGUCUGUUCUUCAUAAUGUAAUUUGUAUUAGUAUCAAAAAGACAAUCAAGUUAUUGAUAGUUUGUGCUUUGCAGUAUUAGACAUCUUGCACUUUAUUAUUGUGUGUGUACACCUGGAUUAGAAAACGUGCGAUUCUUACCUGUCAACAAGGGUUCAGACUACUCUGCCACAAUCCCUUUUAUUUGAUAAUAAUUCUCGUCUAACAAUACAGAAAAUACAAUUAAUACAAUGGAUUUAUGUCUUAAGUCGCCAACAGAGAUUGAAUUGGACAUUGAUAGGCUGUUCCCUCCCUAUCUCUUAGCUCAGAAACAAGUGAUCCCAAGACAAUGGAUUGAAACAAGAAAAGUUAUGUUGUACUCAUAAACACUUGUAUGUCUUUUAUGAAGAAUAAAAGUUUGUUUUCAAGAG